UCUGUCUCCUCCUCGCCAUCGCGUGACAGAAAUCGUAUAUAAGGCGAAGAAAGAGCGCGAAACCAAAUUUUAUCCGUCAUUGUCGUUCCCCAAAGGUUUCAGAAUGGGCCCGCAAGCCCUCGUCUUCGUACUGCUUGUUGGCUUUUGCGGCCGAGAGACGGCAACAGCUACGCCUGUCUACGUCGACCAGCCCGACGCGGCGCCCCCGAUCCAUCCUGAUCCCCAGCCGCCUGCUGGGGAUCACCAGAACGCGAAAUCUGUUGGCGCGGUCUCACAAGAAAGUACACCCGGACCUCACGUUUCCACACAAACUGCGAGGCCUUCGACUGCGCUCCACGUCCAGUCGCACGCGGUGAACGGAGCUCACCACCAUGCUUUGGUGACGACCGCCAGCCCCCAGACGCCAGCGCCGUCGGCUGCCGGCGUUCCGCAAGCAGCCCAAGCACAGGCCUCGGGCAAAUCCCAAUCAGCCGGCGAGAGUGAGGCCCCCGAGGAACGCAGGCGCCGCCCAGGCUACAACAGGCCUUACUAUCCUCAGCGGCCGCAACGGCCGUACCGUCCGUACCGUCCGUACAACAGGCCUGGCUACCAGAGACCUGGCGGCUAUCCCUCUCGCUAUCCGUACCGGCCGUAUCUUCGCGAACAGUUUGUCGACCCGGAGUUCGAGCCGUACGACGACCCCGCCUACCGGAAAUCCUCGAGCCUGGGCUACGUGCUGGAUGCGUUCGUGCGCGUUCUCACCCGCAUAGUCAGCGUAGGCAAGCCUGCCAAGCACUCGAAAAAAGGUAGCCCGACGACCAAUGACACCACAAGCACGGGUCCCGGCACCGACGUCACUUCUACCGGACCUCCGCCAGUUGACAAUGGCGAUGACAGCAGCCUGACCGCGACGCCCCCGCAGUCGUCGCCAGGUGAGAGCUUCUUCUACAGUGUCGGAGACGUGACGGGACCAUUCAAGUUCAUGGUAGCUCUCGCCGAGGUGCCCUCCGGAAUGCACGCGCCGGUCGACCCGCACGUCAACAAACGGCCGUGGGGAGCCCAGCGGCCAGCGCCAAAGCCGGCAGGUAGCGGUUACGUGGGCGUCAUCGAAGACGAAGACCAGGAUACCCCGGCGACGGUGGAGGACGGCGCAGAGGAGGCGUUGCCGGAAGAGGGAGACGACGCAGUGGCCACGCCAGAAACGCACCCACCCGUCUACUUCUAAGCGGACGUCACCGGCCGAGAAGAGGCGCCCCAAUCCAGGAACGGAGAAAUGUCGCACCAUUGGCGUGGAAAACUGCUAGGCUUCUGCAACGAUCAGCAAUAAAGACCUUUCAGCCAAA